GCCAAGAGUUGGGAAUACACACGCCGCCAUUAAAAUGUUGAAACCGGUUAUUUAGACAGAAUUGAACAAAUAAGAGAAACUAAAAAUAUAUGAAAGUGAAAUAAAACCUAUUUGUUAAGCUAAGUUUUUAUAUGAGACAAUCUUAUUCUGUAAAACGGAAAAAUUAUUUCUGUUUUUGUCUAUUAAUGGCGUCAAGUGUGUACCCAGCAACAGGGGUUGAAGGUUCACAGUGCGGCAUCUUUAUAGACCUAACAUGGCUACAGCACAGUGCAGGGCACAGAAACAAGUUUAAUUUUGUUUCUAUAUUUUCAACAACAAAAUCAGAAGUUAGACCACAUCUUUAUUAAUUUAUAAAUUCAAGUGAACCAUCAGACAGAACUAAAACCAUGUGAGAAGCAAAUUUAUAAAGAUAAGUUAAAAAUAGAAUUGCAGAAAGAAAGCUGUGCGAUGUGAACUACAAAGCAAUGGUGUUUUCAACCCAAAUAUCAAAAUAGAUUAAAGCAAUUACACAUAAACGUUAUUUCAAUGAUAGAAUUUAGAAAUCAAUUGAGGGAAAGUAGCAUAGAAGCUGGAAAGAAAGUAUUAAAUAUCAUUUUAAAAUGAGACUUGUUGGCUAAAGUAAAAGUGAAAAGCAAGGACGAAAAAAUAUGGAAAAGCUUCCCGGGGCACCUUUCUCCCAAAAUGGGCCUUUAAGUCUAUACCAUAGCAGCACUGAUAUUCUAGCCAUGGAACGGCCAAUUGCUCUUACGAGUUCAGAUAUUGCUGCUUUAGACAUAAACCAAAUUCAGACGAUUCCGCCGAUAUUUGGCCGGUUAGUCGGUGAAGAGCAAUUACUGCACAUGAGCACGGCCCCAAAUAUCAACGCAGCCUACCCUAAACCCCAGUUUUUGGCGACUUCUAUGAAUGAGAACGGUCCUGUUCUCACCCUACCAGUUCAAUCUGGAUCCUCUCUGCUUACAUCCGUCGGCAAAUCCCAUCUGCUCCCUUCUGUGAUCCCUUUUCAGGACGCUAGUUCGGUCCCUCAUGAACUAAGUCAUUUAGAUCAUAGUCAUAUUAUCUCAAUGGGAGGGGGCCAGGCGACCUCAUUGCUCAACCAGCCUGCUGUGAAGCCCUAUAGGGACCCCACUACAGCCCCCCUUAGGAAACUAUCUGUUGAUCUCAUAAAGACUUAUAAACAUAUUAAUGAGGUGUAUUAUGCAAAAAAGAAACGGAGAGCUCAGCAAACACAGCACGAAGAGGCAGGACAGCAUAGGAAGAAAGAAAGAAAGCUAUACAAUGAUGGUUUUGAUGAUGAAAGUCAUGAUUAUAUAAUUAAACAAGGAGAAAAAUUUAUUGAUAGGUAUGAAAUUGAUUCCUUGAUCGGAAAAGGAUCGUUUGGCCAGGUUGUGAAGGCCUACGAUCACAUAGAAGAGAACCAUGUAGCAAUCAAGAUUAUCAAAAACAAGAAACCAUUCUUACAUCAAGCUCAGAUUGAGUAUAAACUACUAGAAAUGAUGAACAGAGCUGAUACUGAAGAUAAAUACCAUGUAGUGAAGCUAAAACAUCAGUUUAUGUGGAGAAAUCAUCUCUGCUUAGUGUUCGAACUCCUCUCAUACAAUCUCUAUGAUCUACUCAGGAACACACAGUUUAGAGGUGUAUCCUUAAACCUGACUCGAAAAUUUGCCCAGCAGAUCGCUACAGCCUUGCUCUUCCUUUGUUCUUCUGAAAUGAAGAUCAUCCAUUGUGAUCUAAAACCUGAAAACAUCCUCCUCUGCAAUCCUAAACGAUCAGCGAUCAAGAUCGUGGAUUUUGGAUCAUCCUGUCAGCUCGGACAACGGAUAUACCAGUAUAUUCAGAGUAGAUUCUAUAGAAGCCCGGAGGUACUGUUUGGUAUCCCCUACGAUCUAGCCAUAGAUAUGUGGUCCCUUGGGUGUAUCCUAGUAGAGAUGCAUACAGGGGAACCCCUAUUCUCAGGGGCCAAUGAGGUCGACCAAGUGAAUAAGAUCGUAGAGGUGCUAGGUAUACCCCCUAAGCAUGUGUUGGAUCAGGCCCCUAAGGUUAAAAAGUUCUUCCACAAGCUCCCCAAUGGUUCCUAUGUGUUAAACGUGAGCAAAGAGAAGAGAUACCGUCCCGCGGGUUCCAAAAAAAUCCACGAUAUUCUGGGAGUAGAGACAGGGGGUCCGGAAGGUCGGAGAUACGGAGAACAGGGACAUUCAGUCUCCGACUACCUCCGAUUCAAGGACCUUAUUCUCCGGAUGUUGGACUACGACCCGAAGACUAGAAUAACGCCGUACUAUGCCCUGCAACAUAAUUUUUUUAAACGACCCUCCGAGGAGGGUCCAUGUUGGGUGGGGGCGAGCCAGUGACAAGAAUUAGGGGGAGUGUCCCCAUUUGCCCGCCCCCUCCUAGCCCGGGAGGGGCAGGGGGAGAAUGAGAGGCUGGGGAGGAGGAUGGACCCUCUUCCCGGAUUUAUAGAUCUAGGUUUAUUGAUGCUUGAAUCUCCCUGCCCCCAACCUCUAUAUGUUCAGUACUAAAAUCAUCCCCAGCCCUAGCCCGCCAUCUUUUUACACUUUGUUAGAUAUAUUUCUUUUUUACAGUUGAAAGAACUUAAAAAACAUUUUUGUACAUCUUGUUUAUUGUAUAACUGGUAUUAAUCAUCAAUUUUAUUAACUUUUAUCAUUUUUAUUAUUUUACCAUCCUCCCAUGCAUCCUUUCUGACCAAUUUCUAUAGAAAAGAAAUUUAUUUUUAAUUUAAUGAAAUUGUUAGAAUAUUUAUAUGAAUUAACCAAUUAGACAUAUUGUAAUAGUUUAAUUUUAUUUCUUCUGUAUUCUGUAAUUUUUUGUUUUACAAUUUCUUGAUAUAUUUCAAGAAUUUUUGUGCCUUGCAAAACCCCGGGGGUAUAUGUUUUUAAGAACUAUAACACUUUAAGGGGUAAUUAUGAUAAUCGAACUUGAACAUUUUCUUUCUAAACUUUUUCUCACGAGAAGUUCUUUUUCGGCGUCAAACCUUAUAGAAAUCCAACGUAUGGACCCGCUUCGUAUAGCAACAUGGCGUAUUUUCCUAGAGAACA